AUGGUGCAGAGCGACCUUGACAGACAAAUCGAGCAGCUGCGGCGCUGCGAAAUCAUUACAGAGAACGAGGUCAAAGAGCUGUGCAACAAGGCGCGCGAGAUAUUUAUCGAGGAGAGCAACGUCCAGCGGGUCGACGCGCCCGUGACUAUCUGCGGCGACAUCCACGGGCAAUUCUACGACCUGCAGGAGCUGUUCAAAGUGGGAGGCGAGUGUCCGGACACAAAUUACCUGUUCAUGGGCGACUUUGUCGACCGCGGGUUCUACAGUGUCGAGACGUUUCUGCUGCUGCUGGCACUGAAGGUGCGGUACCCCGACCGAAUCUCGCUGCUGCGCGGCAACCAUGAGAGCCGGCAGAUCACACAGGUGUAUGGCUUCUACGACGAGUGCAUGCGCAAGUACGGGUCGGCCAAUGUCUGGCGCAACUGCUGCGAGGUUUUCGACUACAUGAGCCUGGUGGCCAUCAUCGACGACCGCGUGCUAUGCGUGCAUGGCGGGCUGUCGCCGGUCAUCAACACCGUCGACCAGAUCCGCACCAUCGACCGCAAGCAGGAGGUGCCGCACGAGGGCGCCAUGUGUGAUCUGCUGUGGUCGGAUCCCGAGGACAUCUCCGGGUGGGGCCUGAGCCCGCGCGGCGCUGGCUACCUGUUUGGUGGGGACGUCGUGCGCUCGUUCCUGCACACAAACCACUUGAGCAUGAUUGCCCGCGCACACCAGCUGGUCAUGGAGGGCUACAAGAAGAUGUUUGACGAGACUUGUGUCACUGUAUGGAGCGCCCCCAACUACUGCUACCGGUGUGGCAACGUCGCCGCCAUCCUGGAGUUUGACGAGAACCUCAAGCAGGACUACAAGAUCUUUGAUGCUGCCCCGCAGGAAGCGCGGGGCAUUCCGGCCAAGAAGCCAGCACCCGACUACUUCUUGUAA